AUGCCAUUCCACACACAGUAUGCUGAUGGAUCUCCCAGACCUCUCUGUCGAGGUUGGUUGCAUGGAAUGAGUGCCCUGGCCUCUCUUUCACUGACCUACGAAUACUGGAAUGACAUUCCCUCAGUGGCUACCCCUGUGGUGAUCAAUAUCUGCUCCUUGUUUCUCAUUUCGAGCUUGGUCCACUUGGUUCCUUGGCAAUCCAAGACAUUGGAAGAAGCAAUCACCAGACUAGACAAGGCUUGUAUCUUGGCUCUUUGUUUGGCAUCCUUUAUGACUCCACAACUACACGAAAGUGAUGCCUGCAAACCCGAGUUUGUGUACUCCUUGGUAACAGCGGCCAUCCCCGUUGGUUUGGGAGUGAUCGGGGUCCUUUGUGGUGCUGGUCCCAUUGCCUUUGCCAGCUUUGUCUGUCCAGUAGUCUCCAGCAUGUGGUUUUAUGGAAUGCAUGUAGAGGACUCCAAGGUCUUUUACUGCAUUCUAGGCAGCACUGUUCUGUAUGCCAUUGGGUUCUACCUGUAUGGGACCCAGGCAGGUGGUCAUCAUCCUGUUUGGGGCUACCAUGAAUGGUUCCAUUUGCUGGCCACCAUUGGCCUUGUCAUCAGUGCUCGAGCAGUCUUUGCCUUUAGUGCCUACACAAAUGAAACCUGCAGUCCAAGCACAGUUUUGGAAUCUGUGGUGGGCAUUGUGAGUAAUUCCAGCAACUUCACAGAAGAGCUCUACAGCAGUACAACCACAAUUGAAAUGGAAGCAGUUACAGAAGUGUUGGUGUGGUCAGGACUGCGGCUUGACCUGUCUUUCCUACCAGCGGGAAUUUAA